AUGGCCUUGGAAUUCUUUACAACUCAGUACUCGUAUGUGGAUUACUCGGUCUUCUUCAGUGGGAUCAAGGACUUCCGAAGACAGUCAGAACAAAAGAACCAUGCCCAGAUGGACAUUCUACGCGUCCACAACCAUAAAUUUUCCAUAGAAGUGUUAGGGAACAGAAUAAUACAACCAGAAUUUUACGAUGAAAUUGAAUGUAUUGUAAGAGAUGGAGUGAAACAGUUACCUCGUACACCAGUCAGCAAGGAUAGCGUGUAUUAUCUGACGUCAUUCCACGCGCUCGAGCAGACGCCAUCAAUGGAGGAGUUGUGGAGCACGUGGAGUGGCGCGAAAUUCAUUCUCUGGAACUGUCCCAGGGUCCUUAAGCUUCGAAGGAUAACUUUUCUCAGGGCAACGAUGCGAACUGAAAAUUUUGCAUACUUGAUCCUCUGUGAGUGUGAAAACGGAAUGGAACACUUAAAUGUGGCCAUGGAUUUCUUUGAGACUCUGAAAACCCGUCGUUGUGGCUUAGUUGGCCUAUAUAAAGUUGAGCGUUACUACAUUCCACCCCACCACAAGUCUGAUAAAUAGACAAGUGAUCGAAUUAUUGCAAUCGUUUUCUGUUCCCGUUAUUUAUAAUAAGAUAUAAAUCAUAGUAUAUGUAGUCGUCGACAUUCUUAUUUUAAUUCCAUUUUAUUGAGCAGAUGAUGAUGAUGUUUAUCGUUCACCAUUGAUAUUCUGUACGUCAUAUCAAUUCUGUGAAACAUUUGUAAAAGGUUGUAGUGAUUCACAAUGUUAUUUGUAACCGUUUCACCAUUGCCAAGUUGUUCUCUGUAUAUGUAUAUAUUGAUUAUAUUUCCAUACAACCUUUUUAAGUUUUUAUUAUUAAAUAUAC